AUGUCGUUUCUAGCUCGAAUAGGUCAUUCUAUAGUUAAAAAUUCUAUAUUUUCAUGUCCUAUACGGUCUAUAUCUGUAACUAAACAAUUAAAUUUGAAAGAAUUACGUGAACACAAAGAAGGGACUUCUUUAGUUAUCGAAGGAGUUACAGUUCCUUCACCACGCACGCAAUUAUUAGUACGAGCCGAAAAUAUUAAAGAGUUGGCCCAUAAUGUAGAAAACUGUAAUACCUGUUAUAUGUGCGCUUUAAAUUUAGAUGUAAAACAUACAGAUGUCUUAAUUUUAAGUCAAUUUGUACGAUCCGAUGGCUGCAUGCUACCCCGGCGUAUAACAAAGCUAUGCCUCCGACAACAGAAGAAAAUAGGAAAAAUGGUCACAAUGGCACAAAAAGCAGGUUUAAUGAUAAAUUUGACUCCAUCAUACUGUAAAAAGGAUCCGAAGAAGAGGUUUGGUCCUAAGAAAUUUAAUACAUAUUUCGAUGAGAAGACAAUAUUUAUGAAAUAUAUACCCAAACCUACUGAUAAAUUUAAGAGA